AUGAAAACCAUCCUCCUAAGCGUGCUCUUACCGACAUUAGCCAACGCAGCGACAACAAGCGGUAAAUUCACUGCGCUAAGCUUCAACGUCGCAGGUCUGCCAUCAAUCUUCCAAUCGAACGAUGUCAAUGGCACAAAACCUGAAAAUGCCAAGCAGCUCGGCACCUACUUCUCUCAGUAUGGCUACGAUAUCAUCAAUAUGCAGGAGGAUUUCAAUUAUCAUGCCUACAUCUAUGAAACAGACAAGCAUGCCUACCGGACCGCUACCUCCGGCGGCGCAGCCAUCGGAAGUGGCCUGAACACCAUCUCCAACCACGACUGGGUAGAUUUCACUCGCGUGAAAUGGAACACGUGCUCCGAUGCAUCUGGCGCAGACUGUUUGACCCCGAAGGGCCUCACAUUUAUGCGCUGGAAUCCAGCCGAUGGAGUCUAUGUCGACUUCUACAACAUCCAUGCCGACGCGGGAACCGAGGCAAAAGAUGAGACUGCCAGGAAUUCCAACUUGCAGCAAGUCGCAGAUUACAUUGACACCUGGUCAACUGGUAACGCUGUUGUAGUCAUGGGCGAUACGAACAGUCGAUACACGCGCGCCGAUGACACAGGAAUCCGGGUCUUCAAGUCCCAGAAUAAUCUAGCUGACUCUUGGGUUGAGCUUGAGAAAGAUGGCGUUUAUCCCACAGCUGGGGCAGAUGCCCUGCUAUGCGACAACCCGUCUGCUGUUCAGACCUGCGAGACGGUUGAUAAAGUGUUGUACCGGGGUUCUGAUGUUCUGACGCUCAAGGCAGACAGCUUCGUCUAUGACGGUGGGAAGUUCACAAACACUGACCCCAAGUAUCUGGGCCAGAUUCUUUCCGAUCAUAACCCGAUUCUUGUGAACUUUACCUGGUCGCUUUCGUCGUCGCUGCGACAAAGCCAGUUCUCGGGUGGUCCGCAUGGGAAGUGGUUUAAUGAUCUGCCAAGUAUUCCUUCGUCGCCUGCUGUUUCUGUGAUUACUUUCUCUGGUGCGAAGAGGCUGGAUGCUGUUGCUUUGACAUUGAAGGAUGGCACAUCGUUUAGCCACGGAGGAACUGGUGGCACUAAGGUCUCUCUUACCCUGGACUCUGGGGAGUAUUGGACGGAGACCAAGCUCUGUACUGGGCAGUACAAAAGCCAUACUCGCAACUUCUAUAUCAAGGCUACUACUAGUGCUGGUAGGAUCUUAGAGGCAGGUACCUCGACUGAUAAUUGUCAGACUUUUACUGCCCCCGAUGGCUUUGCGGUUGUGGGUUUCAUGGGACAAGCCGCGGACGAGGUUGAUCAAUUGGCUUUGAUAUAUGCGGCCUAUUAA